CUUAUCGGAGCCGUCAUGCGCACAUCUUGGGGGAGGCGUUGCCUGUUGAUACCUGGCGCACGCGCGGAGGAGAAGGGAAACGCUGGGGCCGCUCAAGGAUACAGAGAAGAGCGGCUCUUGUGCGCAUGCGCUGUGCUAGCCUACCGCCUUUUAGCCAGCGAAAGGAGCCGGCGGCCCGCGCGCGGGCGGGGAAGGCCACGUGAGCCGUGGGGGGGGAAAGAAAGAGAUCUGUUCCCUGCGCGUGCGCGCGGAACCGGGAGGAGGAGGAGAAGAGAGUGGCGGCGGUGUGGCAGCCGCCGCGGCGUCCUGCGGGCUCUGCGCAUGCGCGGAGCCAGGAGAGUGGGCGGCGUAGGGCCCCGGCGGCGGUGGCGGCGGCGGCGCGGAAGGCCGGGCAGGACAAUGGCGGCGGCAUCGGCGGCAGCCGUGCCCGGAGCAGGAGGCGGCAUUGGCGCUGGUAGCUCGGGGGCUCCUGCGGCGGGAGGUGGGCCCGGCUCGGGAGCGGGAGCAGCGGCAGGAGCGGCCUCCUCGUCCUCUUCUUCCUCCUCCUGCUCCGCCGCCAUCACCCCGUUGUCGGUGUCGCGCCGCAAGGACGGAGGCCCCGCCGGCAAGUUCUGGGAGAGCCCCGAGACCGUCUCGCAGCUGGACGCCGCGCGGGUCUGGCUGGGCAAGCACUGCAAAAAGUAUGUUCAAGCAGAUGCUCCUAGCAAUAAGACCCUGGCGGGACUUGUGGUGCAGCUACUGCAGUUUCAGGAAGAUGCCUUCGGAAAACAUGUCGCCAAUCCUGCCUUCACAAAAUUUCCUGCAAAGUGCUUCAUGGAUUUCAAAGCUGGAGGAACGUUAUGUCACAUUCUUGGUGCUGCUUACAAGUAUAAAAAUGAGCAAGGAUGGCGCAGAUUUGACUUGCAGAAUCCUUCCCGAAUGGAUCGAAAUGUAGAAAUGUUUAUGAAUAUUGAAAAGACACUGGUGCAGAAUAACUGUCUGAGUAGACCAACCAUCUACCUCGUUCCAGAAAUUGAGCUGAAGUUGGCUAAUAAGCUAAAGGACAUUGUCAAACGUCACCAGGGCACCGUCACAGAUGAAAAGUCUAAAGCCACCCACCAUAUUUAUCCUGUUCCUACUUCAUUGGAUGAAGAAGAGUGGCUUAGACCUGUGAUGAAAAAAGACAAGCAGGUUCUUGUGCAUUGGGGCUAUUAUCCGGACAGCUAUGACACUUGGGUUCAUGCUACUGAUAUAGAUGCUGAAAUUGAAGACCCUCCAAUUCCAGAGAAGCCAUGGAAAGUUCAUUCCAAAUGGAUUUUGGACACAGAUGUAUUCAAUGAGUGGAUGAAUGAAGAAGAUUAUGAAGUGGAUGAGAACAAGAAGCUGGUCAACUUUCGCCAGCGGACCUAUAUGAAGACCGAAGAACCAGUCCAUAGCCCUGAACGGAGAGAUAGGAAGGCAGCCACAGGCUCCAGAAAACGAAGGCACUCUCCUUCACCUCCACCUCCUCCCACCCCAGCGGAAUCGAGGAAGAAAGCCGGAAAGAAGGGACAAGCAAGUCUCUACGGGAAAAGGCGAGGGCAAAAGGAAGAUGAUGACCAGGAAGACCUUACCAAGGAUAUGGAGGACCCAACCCCUGUGCCUAACAUUGAAGAAGUGGUACUUCCUAAAAAUGUAAAUCCAAAGAAAGACAGUGAAAACACUCCAGUGAAAGGAGGAACAGUAGCAGAUCUAGAUGAGCAGGAUGAGGAAACAGUGGCUGCAGGAGGAAAGGAAGAUGAAGAUCCCAGUAAAGGUGACCAGAGCCGCUCAAUAGAUACUGGAGAAGACAAUGUCACAGAGCAGACUAAUCACAUCAUUAUACCCAGCUAUGCAUCCUGGUUUGACUAUAACUGUAUUCAUGUAAUUGAACGUCGUGCUCUUCCAGAAUUCUUUAAUGGGAAAAACAAAUCAAAGACCCCAGAAAUAUACUUAGCUUACCGCAAUUUCAUGAUUGAUACCUAUCGGUUAAACCCUCAAGAGUACUUGACUAGCACUGCCUGCAGAAGGAACUUGACUGGGGAUGUUUGUGCAGUAAUGAGGGUACACGCCUUUCUGGAGCAGUGGGGGCUUAUUAAUUAUCAAGUGGAUCCAGAAAGCCGCCCCAUGGCCAUGGGUCCUCCUCCCACCCCACACUUCAACGUUCUUGCUGACACUCCCUCUGGACUCAUGCCUCUUCACCUUCGGACGCCUCAGAUCCCAGCGGCUCAACAGAUGUUGAAUUUUCCAGAGAAAAACAAGGAAAAACCUACUGACUUGCAGAACUUUGGGCUUCGUACCGACAUUUAUUCAAAGAAAACCUUAGCAAAGAGCAAGAAUGCGAGUGCUGGGAGAGAAUGGACUGAACAAGAGACUCUGCUGCUACUUGAGGCUUUGGAGAUGUACAAAGAUGACUGGAAUAAAGUUUCUGAGCAUGUUGGAAGCCGCACCCAAGAUGAAUGCAUCCUCCACUUCCUUAGGCUUCCCAUUGAGGACCCUUACUUGGAGAACUCUGAUGCCUCGCUGGGCCCUUUGGCUUACCAGCCAGUGCCGUUCAGCCAGUCUGGAAACCCAGUGAUGAGCACAGUGGCUUUUCUGGCAUCUGUCGUGGAUCCCCGGGUGGCGUCUGCUGCUGCUAAGGCAGCUUUAGAGGAAUUUUCCCGGGUCCGAGAGGAGGUGCCACUGGAACUGGUUGAGGCCCAUGUCAAGAAAGUGCAGGAGGCAGCCAGAGUCUCUGGGAAAGUAGAUCCCUCUUAUGGGCUAGAGAGCAGCUGCAUUGCUGGAACUGCUCCAGAUGAGCCAGAGAAACUUGAUGGAGCUGAAGAGGAGAAAAUGGAGACAGAGACAGAUGGACCACAGGCAGAAAAAGUUAAGGUAGAAAAGAAAGGAGAAAAUGAAAUAGGAGAUGGAAACAAGGCACAAGAUGGGGAAGAGGAGAGAAAUGCAGAAAGGGAGCAGGAUGGUGAAGUCUCCCAAGAUUGCAAACCAGAUGAGGAGGACACAGGUGAGAAGAAGCAGAACCUUGAUGUGUGCAAAGACAAGGAAGGCGACGCUGGGAAGAAGAGAGCGGAGCACGAAAUCUCCGAAGGGAACGUUGCGACGGCUGCAGCUGCUGCUCUUGCUUCGGCUGCCACCAAAGCCAAGCAUCUAGCAGCUGUUGAGGAGAGAAAGAUCAAGUCCUUGGUCGCCCUCCUGGUGGAAACACAAAUGAAGAAACUGGAGAUCAAACUCCGUCACUUUGAGGAGCUGGAAACGAUAAUGGACAGAGAGAAAGAGGCGCUGGAGCAGCAGAGGCAGCAGCUGCUGACUGAACGCCAGAACUUUCACAUGGAGCAGCUGAAGUACGCUGAGUUGCGCGCUCGCCAGCAACUGGAGCAACAGCACAGCCAGAAUGCCCAGCAGUCACACCAGCAUCCCAGCGGCCCCGGCAUGAACCCUCUUGGGACAUCCAGCCACCCGGGCUUGUUGCCUCACCAGCAGCCUCCUCCAUAUCCCAUGAUGCACCACCAGAUGCCCCCUCCUCACCCCCCACAGCCAGAUGCGCCUCCACCUCAGCAGCCGCAGCCACCUUCUGUGGAUGGGGCGACACCACCUCCUGCAGGAGCAGCGCCCGCCUCCACGGCCCCCUGAUUGGCCCAGCAACAAGGCGUUUCUCAGGCUGUGACUGUAGCAACCAAAAGCACCAUUCCUCAGCUUCCUGCUCCUUCCUCUCCUGCCCCCACCCCCAGCGUGCACGCCCAGACUCACCACCCAUGUAGUUUUGGUAACGGUUUGUGCCUUGCUUUCCUGCCAGGAGCGCAGCCAGAGCGAGCACUGCUUCAUCUUGGUACUUGGCGUAUUUAGCCUCUGGGUGCCCUUUGCCUCCCCAGCUAGGAGAUUUGGCGUAACUGGAAGCCCAUUACGGUUGGUCGGGUACCUUCAGCGUGUUGAGGCAAAGCAUCGCGAUACCACAACUCUUCGGUCACACGAGCAGGAGGGGGGAGGGCAAAGCAGCAUUUCCCUCUUCUCUGGCCUUAAACAUCUUGGUUAAUGUGGGCCAGAGGCACUGCGGGUGGACAAUUAUUCAGGAGGGUCGUUGAGCCCCGGGGUUGCCUUACGAUCUUAUUAAAAGGAAACAUCGAUCUCACCUGAGAAGAGCCAAAAGCUGAAUCAAUUGGCACAAGUUCUCUGCAGUGAUGUGAGCGUUUCCUACCCGAGCCUUUUUUCAGUGGGAGAGGCGGGGAGAGUUGGUGCAUCCCGUUCUCCCCCUCCCUGUUUUCAUAUCAAAACAGGUCACUACAGUAGCAAAGGGAGGAAUUAGGCCUGCACACUUUUGCCCUCCCACCUUUGAGUUGUGGUUUCAGAAUGGGCAAGCAAGCUCCUCUAGACGUCAGGGUGAAGUGCUGGCUUACAGGAUGUGUUGGAAGAGCUGGGUGUGUGACUGUCCAAACUACCUCUUCCACUAGCUGCGGGGUGGGGGGGAGCUUGUUUCCUUUCUAGAAUGGUCCAAACGGGAGUUGGGGGGAAUAUCGCUCACGUCUUCCUUACUUACCUGCAUGCGCACAAUUUAUACAUCUGACCCUGCCGGUUGCUUGUCUUCUACACAUUCCAGCUAUCCACUGGGCUCUGGCAGAGAUAUUAUUGGCAUCUUGAGUGCCGAAUGGGGGGCAGGGGAAUCUAUCCAUCUCUCAUGGGGGUGGAGAAUUUAUGGCCCUCCUGUCGUUGUUGCUGUUUUGGGGCUUCCAACUCCAUAACUCCUGCCCGUUGGCAAUGCUGGCUGGGGCUGAUGGGUGUUGUAACCCCAACGGCAUCUAGAAGGCCACCGGUUAGCCACCUUUGACCACCUCCUGGUACAGCUUGGCUCUCGGAGUCUCCUCUGCAUCCAGUUUACCAGUCUCUCCUCCUGUUCCCUUUUUCCUGUACAACUUGCAAAGGAGUUCUUGUGUAAAUGUGGGGUUUCCGCUUUGGUGGAGGACAGCAUAGGGGAGGGUGAUCUUUCACCCACUGCACUGGGGGGGGCAUUUUAGAAAUGGGUCAUUGGGGGGGGGAUCCAGUGUGCAAAUUCACCAAGUUAAGCCUCAUUACUCCUGUAUGUUGGGGAAGUGGAGUGUCCCUCCUAAUGUGCCUGUGUACAAAGAAGCAUUAUUGGUAGCGGUUGAUUAGCAUCCAGCUCUUCAGUGGCAGGAGCAAUGGCUGUCCCUGAAAGCAGCACAGCCUUCCUUCCUUCCUCCCCUCAGGAACCCUCCUCUGCUGCCUUUUAAGCCCUAGGCAUGAGGCCCUCUGUGGAUGAGGAGAGCAGCAGUUUUCGUUUGGCCAUCUCAACUCCUACUCAGACUUAGUCCUCCCACUUGUGACACCACAAGGAUGCAUGUUUCAUCAUCCCAUUCUCAACCACAACUCAUGCCUUCUGACCAAAGGUCUUCCUCUGUGUCCUCCUCCAAAUACCCUCUCAGAAAGAAAACUCCUCUCCACACCUCCCUGGCAGAACUCUCCACACACACCCUUUAAAUCCCAUUGUCAUCAGAACAGCAUGGAAUUGAGAUUCCAAACAUGGUCCUCUUUAGACUAAUAACCUCAGGUUGUUUUUAGCGAGAUCCACUUCAAAUGUAAAGGUUCUAGAUGGAGAACUUGUCUUUUUUUACUCUAUGGUUGACUGUGUCUUGCAGCACACUACGAAUUGUUAAAAUGAUUUCUUUUCUGUACACAUGAAAAAAACAAGUGAUGGGAUCUUUUAUUCAUUGGUUUGGUUUUUUCCCCUCCAGUCUGAUCCUGUGUGUGCAGGAUGGAGGGAGAGAGACUUUGUUUCUGCAACACAGCCACUCAAUUUUGUGAAAUAAAAAUGCGGGUUUUUUAAAAACAAACAA